AUGGAGAGAUCAGGUCCAGCAGUUCUGGCUCCAUAUGGAUUCAUAAACACCUGUUUAAAAGCUCUUGUGGUGGAAAAAUAUGGGGAUGAAGCAUGGCAAAAAUUAAAAAUUCUUGCUGAGGUCCAGGAUACAUUUAUGACUUAUGAAGUUUAUGAUGAUGUUAUCACACUGAGAAUGGUCAAAGAGGCUUGCAGAAUGCUCCAUUUAUCUGAAGAAGAAGUUCUGAAGUUAUUUGGAGCUUAUUUCUUCUCCUUCUGUAAGCAGUCUGGAUACGAUCGAAUGUUGCGAACAUUGGGAGGGAAUCUGACCGAGUUUAUUGAGAAUCUAGAUGCUCUUCAUAGCUACCUGACGCUUUCCUAUAAGCAAAUGAAUGCUCCUUCCUUUCGAGUGGAAAAGACAAGUGAUGGAACCAUGCUGCUUCAUUACUACUCUGACAGAACAGGCUUUUGUCACAUAGUCCCAGGAAUUAUAGAAUCUGUGGCAAAAGAUUUCUUCAAUAGCAAUGUAACCAUGCGAAUCAUCUAUCAAACUGAGGAGAAGGAACGCACUGGGAAGAAAGAACAUGUCAUAUUUGAAGUUCUCCAGAAGAUGAAAGGCCAAACAAAAGCAAUUAAACCAAAAGAGAAUGUGGAAAGCAAAGAUCAAUCUGAAAAUCCGGCUCAGAAUCACAAAGAUGUAAAGAAGUCUCACUGGGACAUCAUCAGGAACAUUGUCAGGUUUGGAAAAGGAAGUUUGCUAAAUACCUUUCAGCCAGUUUAUCCCAGCAGACUGUGGAUGGAUGAGAAGGUUUUCUGCAACGAGUUCCCCUUCCAUAUUGUGUUUGACAAACAAUUGAAAAUAAGACAGGCCGGAGUGAACAUACAGAAAUAUGUCCCUGGAAUCCAAACUAUGGACAUCAGAUUAGAUGAAUAUUUCACUAUCAUCCAUCCUCAAGUCACUUUCACCAUUGCAAACAUUCAGAUGUUCACUAAUAGUCAGUUUGUGCUGAAGACAAAGCGAGAAAUGAUGCCAGAAUACUGGAAGAAGCAGCCUAUGCUGACGCUUCGAGGAUAUAUGAUAUGGAUGGAUUCCAUACAAUGCAUGAUCUACAUGUGUUCUCCAAAGCUGCGGAGUCUACAGGAACUAGAAGACAGGAACAUGCAUAUUUCUGAUAUUGCCAAACACGAUGCAACGAGAGACCUGAUUCUUUUGAACCAUCAAAGACUGGCUGAGAUUGAGUUGUCCAACCAGCUGGAGCGGAAGAAGGAAGAGCUGCGCAUAUUGUCUAAAAACCUGGAGAUUGAGAAGAAGAAAACUGAGACGUUGUUGUAUUCUAUGCUUCCUCAGCAUGUGGCCAAUCAGUUAAAAGAAGGCAAAAAAGUUCAAGCAGGAGAGUUUGAGACGUGCACUAUACUGUUCAGUGAUGUAGUGACAUUCACCAACAUCUGUUCUGCUUGUGAGCCCAUCCAAAUAGUUAACAUGCUUAAUGCAAUGUAUCUGAGAUUUGAUCGCCUGACAAGUGUGCAUGAUGUGUACAAGGUAGAGACCAUUGGUGAUGCUUACAUGGUAGUUGGAGGAGUACCAGUUCCUAUGGAAACCCAUGCACAAAGAGUGGCUAACUUUGCUUUGGGCAUGAGAAUGGCAGCAAAAGAAGUAAUCAACCCUAUAUCUGGAGACUCUAUUCAGAUCAGAGUUGGGAUUCACACUGGACCGGUGUUGGCUGGAGUUGUUGGAGAGAAGAUGCCAAGGUACUGCUUGUUUGGAGACACUGUCAAUACAGCUUCCAGGAUGGAAAGUCAUGGGGUUCCAGAUAAAAUUCACCUGAGUCCAACAAGCUUCAAUGCACUGAAACAUCAAGACUUUGAAAUAGAGGAAAGAGGAGCCAUUGAGGUAAAAGGUAAAGGUAAAAUGAUGACAUAUUUCUUGUUAAGGAAUUUGCAGUUAUCAGAAGAAGAAAUUAUGGGAAGGCAAAAGAAUCAAGACCUGGAGCAAAAUCCUAACUGCACUAAUUUACAAAUGAUGUAUAAUGACAACGUACAUUACUACGCCAUUCAGUACACUACUUUCUUCCAGACUCAUCUAAAACAGGGAAUUCUGAGAAAGGUGCGGAAAAUGAACCAAAAGAGGAAAGGGAAACAGAAGAGAAGAGUGGUGAUCUGUAUAGCAGUGAAACCGCUCCAAGGACUCAAUGUCCCCUCGCCAAAUGAGGAAGAUGUCGUCUAUGUACCGCCACCACCCCAGUACUCGACCGAAGUGGUGGGAUACAUAGACAAGAUCCUCCUCAAGUGA